CAGUGAGCAGUUCGAAGGCAAGGCAAGCAGUACAUAGCCGCAGGGAGGACAGUGCAGCACGCACGCACACUGACAGGGCCAAACCAGCCGCCACACAGAGCUGCACGGAAAGUUACUAACCACUCAUCGACGCGCCUCGACAAAUGUGGCAUACAAAUGCAUCACUCACUCACAGAGGGAACGCACCACUCUCUCUUUUCAUAUGUGUGGACUAUUCCACUAACUCACAAAGGCUGUGUUGCCUGACGGUCGGUCAGACGGCCAAGUGAAUGCAUCUGCAGACACCACACAGCACAGGUGUGUCUGUGCUGUGCCGACUAGGCGAAAACCAAAAGCAGUACGCAUCGUACGGUACUGUACGAGUAUGGAUACAUAUACAUGUGUACAUGACCCUCAACACGCACCCAUGUCAGUCAACACGCACGGGACGACCAUGGUGGCCAUGGUGGCCAUGCCAUGGGCAGCCAUCUAAGCUAUCCACACACACAUGUUACACUUGGAUACACACAGCCGUCCGUCACGUGUGUCCCUCCCACGCCAAGGCGUCAUCCAUCCAUCCAUCCACCGCCUGCACUGCAUGGAUCUAUCUAUCUAUGUGUGUGUGUGUGUAUGUUGUCUCAGUGAGCUACGUCGAGGGGAUCUGCCCGCCGGCCUCCUCGAGCCAAGGGUGGCUGAGCGCCUGUGGGUAUGCGCACACACACGUGGACGCGGACUGAUGCAUGUGUGUAGCAUUCAUUGUGUGUGUCGGCGGCUGCCCACCUGCUCUAUGGAUAGGCGCUUGUGCGGAUCGUGCUGCAGGAGCUGGCUAAGUAGGUCCAACAGUUGGCCAGACACCGAGGCUCCCUUCUCGCCGGCAAGUCUGCGGAAGGUGGGCUUGAGCUGGCCGUUAUCUACUGCAAGGAGGUGCGUCAGGCCCGCACGGUCACCCAAGACCAAUUCAGCAAUCGUCACACCUGAGCCAGAGGGAAGAAUCGUGCAUUUAUGUGUGGGCUCUACCUCUACCUCUCCCUACCUGCGGUCCAGCUUGCACAUUUCUUGUGGUCGGUAUCUAUGAGUCCGUUGCUCUCGCUGGCGCCGAGCAGCUCGGGGGCCGACGCAUCGUCAAGCACGGAGGGCAGCAGUGUCUUGAGGCGUGACCUAUAUGUCCACAUCACACACAGGCACACACACGGACGGGACGGGCGUGUGGUUGGGUAUGCAUAGCAUAGCGUGUCUGGUCGUUCUUACGGAUCGUCUCGAGUGCACGUGGCACCAAGGGGGAGGCGGAUGGCAUGCCUGAGGGCUUUUCCUUUGCCGCCGGGCAGGCUGGUCUCGACCGCCAUGAUGUCGUCGAGCGUCAACUUCAGCAGCAACACGCCCCUGUGCCACACACACAAACCCGAAGAUGUCGUGCGUGUUCCUACGGCUCUGUCUGUCCGUCUGUCGUGGGUACCUUCUGUCUAUGUCUGCUAUCUGGAUGACGACCUCGCGGGCUAUCGGUGCCAAGGCGUCUUCGCCUCUUUCCUCCCCACCAUCCCUGCACCCGACCAUCCAUCCAACCAUCCAUAAAAAGCAGCCAGAGACACAUACGGGCACAUGGGCCCUGUUUCUCUCUCCCCCCUCCCUCUGUGCCCAUCGUGGCUGGCCUGCUCACCGCAGGUGGCUGAUGCUGCAUGCUCCAGAGGGGAUGGGCUCUACGGCGACCCAGACACUGCUGUCGUCGACAAAGACGUGCUUGACGGCAGGAAUCACGGCAGGACAGCCUUCCAUUCGCUGCAUCACAGACGCCUCCGCCGCAGCCUGCAGACAGAAAGGGCACACAGACGUACAUGCAGCGAGCCCUCCUUCCCUUGUCCUCUCUUCCCCCCCCACACACACAAUGCACCUACCCGGUCAGGAAGACUCUCGACCAGCGCCUUCUCCUCGUCAGGAAGAUCGUCGGGGACCGGCUGGCAGGCGGGAUGCCGAGGGUAGCGAUACGCAAUCAUCGCCUGGUCCGAGUGGGCGCCUCUGCACCAGUAGCCGGGAGCCACUGGAUGCAAUACAGCAGGAAUGGGCCUGCCGUCGCUCCACCGGCACUGUCAUGGGUGCGAAUGAGUAGGGCCACAGACACACACAAAUGCAAUGGAUCGAUCCAUCCCAUCCCCCUCUCGCGUGCUCACCAUCGGUGUCAUCCUAUCCAACAAUGCUGCCGGGAAGUGCUCUUGGCACAUCUGCAGACACAUUCAGCAUAUAAGAAGAUGACGUGAUGGGUCUGUGAGUGACAUUACAUACCUGCCGCAAUCUGUCGGCUUCGAUCGACAGCCCCAGCAGCGCGUCCAUGCCGCCUCUGAGCAACGCCACACCUAAUCGGUGGAUCGACAAGCCAAAACACGUAGCCGACAGAACCAAUGGAUUGCUUGCGUCGAGUGAGCUGCCCUCACCUUUGACACCGUGUGCGACCAACGUGGUAACCAAACCCUCCAACUGCUCUGUAGUACUUCCCGUGUAGUGUUGGCAGUUGCGGUGAUGCGGUUGAGAAGGUGAUGGGAUGGGGGUGUCGCUGUCGCCUGUGGGGGUCUCGUCGAUGACAGUGCCGUCUUGGUUCGCCACCACCACCAGCGGCAUCACGUGCGGCAUCUCCUCGCAGAGGCCGCGCUGCACUUCCAGGGCGUGCCCGAUCAGAGAUUCUACCGACUGGUCGAUGAAAGGGGCCCACGCAUGCGGCACACAAACAAACAGAGAGGAGACAGACGGAGGGGCAGUUCGGGGGCUCACUCUCUCAGUGCCUGCACGCCUGCCCGCCUGUCUGUCUGUCUGUCUAACCUAGCUGUCUGGCAUAUCGACCUGGUGCACCACCACGCGCUCCUGCCACCCGCCCAUCGCACGUCCGUGUGGCUGAGGCUGAUACAUGUGCCAGCUGCUGCUGUGGGUCUGGUGGGGGAGAGCUGCCGGGGGCGGCGGCGGGGGCGGUGAUGCGACGUCGAUCACAGGCAUCGAGACAUCCAUUUGGUCAGCAGAGGGGGGAAGGGAAUAGGAGCACUUGGGUGCCGCCGCAUCUGGCGAGAAGGGGAAGACUUUCUCACCCAGACGAGCGCCAGGAAGCACCGACAACACCAUCGGCACGGCCUGCAUUUCCAU